UUUUCUCAUCCCAUAUUCCUAGCGCGCAAGUUCAUCCGAACUCUCUUCGGAGCCAGUCCCAGUACCUCUAUCAUUUAUUUCAAUUCCUCAUUUAACAUUAAAAGUCCGCACUGACAACACUCCCAUAUAAUCGGAUUUUACACACAAAAAAAGUGAAAAAAUCAAUCAAAAAAAUUUCAUUGUCGUUUGUAUUGUUAUCAACGUGUGUUUAAAUUGAGUUUAUUCUCCCUCAAAUUGUGACCAAAUUUUCUAUUAAAAAUACUUGAUUAUCUCUCAAAUAAGUUUAAUAAAUAUCAAAGACUUUUUUCCAUAUCAUUUCUAAACUUGACAUUGAAAUAAAAUAAAAAAAAAAAAAAAACACGGAGAAGAUAAAAGAAAGAAAAAGAAAAAAAAAAUCAAUAAAUUCCAUAUUGAAACUACGAACAACUUCCCAUCGAAAAUGACAGAACGACAACCACUUUUACAAUUACAAGAACAACCCGACCAUGAACAAGGUCGAAUCAUUGCUCGACCCGAUCUCCGAAACUCACCCGACAAUGGCCUAGUCGAUGUCCAAAGUGACAAUAGUCUCGACUCACUCGAAAAACAAACAAAAAACGAUUACCUUCCAUCAGAACAUCGCACAAAUGAACAUCCAACUUCUAAUCUAGACACUUUAGUACAUUUGCUAAAAGGUAACAUUGGAACAGGCAUUUUAGCUAUGCCAGAUGCAUUUAAAAAUGCUGGUUUAUAUAUUGGUUUAGUGGGCACACUUAUUAUGGGCGCAAUAUGUACACAUUGCAUGCAUAUGCUGGUCAAGUGUUCACAUGAACUUUGUAUGCGUCUGCAAGUGCCAGCGCUAAGCUUCCCAGAAGUCGCUGCAGCUAGUUUUGAUACUGGCCCGUUAGCUUUGAGAAGAUACUCAAAAGCAGCCACUAAAACUAUAACGACUUUUCUUUGUGUCACACAAUUUGGUUUUUGUUGUGUGUAUUUUCUUUUUGUUGCUUUGAAUGUCCAAGAAGUUGUCUCACAUUAUUUUGUUAAACUCGAUGUGAGAAUAUAUUUAAUGAUUCUAUUGAUUCCAAUGAUUUUGAUUAAUAUGGUUAAGAAUUUGAAAUUCAUUACGCCAAUGUCUCUAUUCGCUUCCAUUCUUACUGUCACUGGUUUGGGAAUCACCUUCUAUUAUAUGUUGGAUAAUCUUCCUCAUGUGGAUACUGUGAGUCAUGUUGGAUCAUGGUCAACUUUGCCACUUUACUUUGGAACAGCUAUAUACGCCUUUGAAGGCAUUGGAGUAGUAUUGCCACUAGAAAACAAUAUGGCAAAUCCUCAGGACUUUGGUGGGACUACGGGAGUCCUUAAUACAGGAAUGGUAACAGUUGCCUCCGCCUACACAGCUGUAGGAUUCUUUGGCUACUUGAAAUACGGUGAUAAAGUUGAAGGAAGUGUCACUUUGAAUCUUCCUCCAGAUGAGAUUCUAUCACAAGUUGUUCGUUUGGCAAUGGCUGUGGCAAUAUUCUUCUCGUACACUCUACAGUUUUAUGUCCCAGUUAAUAUAAUUGAACCAACAGUUCGAGAUCAUUUUGAAACUGAGCGAGGCAAAGAAUUAGCUGCUAAUGGACUUCGUAUUAUGAUGGUUACAUUUACAUUUGUCUUGGCUGCAUGUAUACCAAAUCUUGGACCGAUUAUAUCACUUGUGGGUGCUGUUUCAAGUUCAAUAGUUGCAUUAAUUGCUCCACCUAUAAUUGAAAUGAUAACAUUUUGGCCAGUUGGAUAUGGACGUUAUAAUUGGAUGCUGUGGAAGGAUAUUGCUAUAUUGAUAUUUGGUUUGUUGGGAUUUGUAUUUGGUACUUAUACGAGUGUUGCACAAAUUCUUAAUCCACCAGUUAAUAUUUAAGCUUUUUUUGAAUUAAGUUUAUAUUGAAUGAAAAAAAGACACGUACAAAAAAAAAACAUAAAUAACAAACUAAGGUAAAAGUUGUUUAAAACCAAAAAGAUUUUUAAUAUUUAAACCACAAAAGCCAGUGAGGUAUAAGUUGAUAAUAUUAUAAUAAUUUUUUUUUAGAUAUAAUGAGUAUGUAUUAAGUUAAAAAAUGAGGGUGGUUCAGUUAUAGUUUUUUAAUUUUGAAUUUUGUUGAUAAUAAUAAUUUAAGACAAAAAUAAUGAUGCUAGAGCAGAAAGUUGGGAAAUGAAAAAUGUUUCUAGGUGAAAAUUAUUCGAAAGUUGCAUUGAAAAUGCAUCAAAGGUUCUAUUUUUGAUAAGUUUCGAAAUUAUAUAUCAAAGAGGAAUUCAUUUUUCUCUGUUUAGUCUAAAAAAAAUAAAUAUUUCUAAAUUAGUAUAACUAUUAUUAAGCCAAUGUGCAAGCUAUAAUCAAUGAUAAAAUAUCAAGAGCCAUAAAACGUUUAAAAAAAAUUAAAUAUGCCAUUUCAAAGCAGUUCGGCUAAGUUCUACUAAAUUCAAGACAACUCAUCUAAGCCAAUUGAACUCCACUACGAAUUAGAUUUCAAGGCAGUUAAACUUUUUUUUUUAUAGAUCCGACUUGGGAUGUCCCAAGUAAAUAUAAUAAUACAAUUGAAAUUAUUACCUAAGCGGAUUCUAUGGAUAAAAGUCUUCCCAAUUAAAAUAGUCGUGUUAGCCUUAUUUUCAUUGAAACCUUAGCCAUGAUGAUUUAA